AUGCUUAAACGCCCUCCUACAGGAGUUGAACUUUAUGCAAGGUUGCACACUAAACGGUCUACUCAAGAGUACAUUACACCAAAGGCAGCUAAAGUUAAGGAGGCUUAUGAAAGUGCUAUGGUGGCUAAGUUUGGUGAUGAUACUAGUUGCCACCCCCUCUUGGAUAAUGAAACAUGGUGUGAUGUUUCCGGAGGAGUCAAGAAAGGAAAAAUAUAUGGAUUCGGAUCUGUGUCUGAUCUAGCGAGCUUUUUGGAAGGAACAUCUAGUACAAUAACAUCCCAAGAGGUUGUCUAUGAACGUGUACGAAACGAGAUGCGUGGCGAAAUGGAUGCUAAAGCUGCAGAAAUGGAAGCUAAACAUCAACAAAUGCAUGUAUGCAGCCUUGCAAAAUAUGAUGGGAAAUUGAAAAUUAGAGGAAUGAGAACCGAAGAUGAUUGGAUGGACAUGAAAUGAAGAGAGAAGCUAAAAUGUUAUUUUGAAGGUUAAACUUUUUUCUGUUUGUACCUCUUUUGCAUACUUUGGAUUUCUUGGUGCUAAAAUGUUAUUUUGAAGUUAAACCGUUGGGAGUUUGAUGUUAUGUGGAUAGUUUUGUUUUUGGAUAUUUGUUGAAUGAUACUUUGGUAAACUUUGAUAGUUUUGGUAUUGUA